AUGACAGCAUCUUCACAUGAUCACCUUUGUGUCCGCUUGCCGGAGCAGGCAGGCGGUCAGUCGUAUAGACAGCUAGGCAGCCUAUUAGAGGUGUCUGUUCGCCGCCACUUCGCCUCUCCCCAUGCGGAAGCAAACACACAUCAGUGCCAGCGCACGCACGCACGCACACAUACACACACACACACACACAGUCCCGACUCUCAGUCGUCCGGUAAAUUUGUACAUGCUUACAAGGGGCGUAGAAUCAACCGGAUCCGCUUACCAUUCUUGGCAUUCCAACAGACAGACCGACAAAAUACUCUGUCGUCUGUGCACAAACGGGCUGAUGGCAGAAGAAAAUUUUCAAACACUUUUAUGCCACCUCUGUCUGCUGGCACUGUUGGACCGGCAACUGCAGGAGUGCAGAAUAUGGCGCCGGCUCGGCCCGACCAAGUGGAGUCGGGUCGUGUGUGCCAGUUGGAUGCGUGCAGGUUGCUGAGCCGGGCUGAAGAGUUGAACGUCGAACCCCGUGGCUGGCUAGUCUACAGCUCUCGGGUCGAGGCAGUCUACGGGGCAAUCUACGAGGCAUUCUACGAGGAAUCGCGCAACGCGAAGGCCAGUUCGACCCGUUCGGCCAGUCAGGACAGCCAAUCAGCAGUCGAGCUGCCUGCCUAUGGCCGUGCACGACUGACUGAUUGA